AUGACGGACGAUCAUUUCCAAAGUGACGCCCUCAGGACGUCGGACUCGUACUAUGAUCUGUCGGCUUUCAGCCGACCUGUGAGCACAAAUAACAAACAAGCCCAACUCUGGUUUGAUCGAGGUCUGGUGUGGAGUUACGCCUUCAACCAUGAGGAAUCAGCUGAAUGUUUCCAAAGGGCCAUCGCCUUGGAUCCUAACUGUACCAUGGCCUACUGGGGCCUGGCAUAUGCCCUGGGUCCCAACUACAACAAACCAUGGGAGUUUUUUGACGGAGAGGAGCUCGAAUCCACCGUGACCCGGACGCAUGCUGCUGUGCAGAAAGCAAAGAAUGAAGCCAUCAAUGCCGCGCCCGUCGAGAAGGCCUUGGUAGAUGCCCUCGAGUUUCGAUAUCCGCUCCCACAUGCUGCUGCUGACUGCUCCAUCUGGAAUCGACCCUACGCGGAUGCUAUGCGAUCGGUGUACGAAGCAUUCAGUGAUGACCUUGACGUGGCAGUGCUCUACGCUGAUGCCUUGAUGAAUCUAACACCCUGGAAACUCUGGGACUUGUCUACCGGACAGCCAGCGGCUGGCUCGAGGACACUAGAAGUCAAGGCUGUCCUCGAUCACGCCUUGGCUGUGAAGGGUGGAUUACAGCAUCCCGGUGUCUUACACCUCUAUAUACAUCUGAUGGAAAUGUCCAGCACCCCUGAGCUUGCGAUGCCCAUUGCAGACCACUUGAGAGGGUUGAUACCUGAUGCUGGCCACUUGCAACAUAUGCCUACCCACCUUGACAUACUUUGCGGCGACUAUCGCAGAGCGAUCGCUUCGAACAUGGAUGCGAUUCGCGCGGAUGAGAAGUUUUUGGCGCGCGCCGGGCCGCUGAACUUCUACAGCCUCUAUCGAUGCCACGAUUACCAUUUUCGCCUUUACGCUGCAAUGUUUGCUGGUCAGUCCAAGAUUGCACUGCAAACUGCCGACUGGCUCGAAGCAACAGUUCCGGAGGACCUCCUUCGCGUCAAGUCCCCGCCAAUGGCCGACUGGCUCGAAGCCUUCCAUGGCAUGCGUGUGCAUGCGCUCAUUCGCUUCGGCUUGUGGCAGGAAAUCCUUGACCUACCUCUACCCAAAGAUCAAGAGCUUUACUGUGUGACAACGGCUUUGAUUCACUAUGCAAAGGGUGUCGCGUCGGCAGCUACAGGGAAUGUAGAGGAAGCAGAGAAUCAACGCACCCUCUUCAACGAAGCAGUUUCGCAGGUUAAGCCCACCCGAACGCUGUUCAACAACACCUGCCUGGAUAUUCUUGCCAUCGCCCGAUCAAUGUUGGACGGUGAAUUGGAAUAUCGGCGGCGAAACUUCGAUGUCGCAUUUGACCAUCUCCGUAAAGCCAUUGCUCUCGACGAUGCACUGCCAUAUGACGAGCCUUGGGGGUGGAUGCAGCCGCCCCGACAUGCUUACGGUGCCCUCCUCUUGGAACAAGGCCACACCGAGCUGGCCGCUGCGGUGUAUAGUGCAGACCUGGGAUUCGACGACACGCUUCCUCGAGCUCUUCGCCAUCCAAACAAUGUUUGGGCACUCCGUGGGUAUUUUGAAUGUCUGAUGAAGCUGGGCCGUAUAGCAGAAGCUCGACUUAUUCGACCCCAGCUGGCGCAUGCGACUGCCAUGGCAGACGUGCCCAUCAAAUUCUCAUGCUUUUGCCGGACAGACCAUGCUAGCCGGUCGACGCGAGAGCCUUCUGCGUGA